UUGAUUUGUUGUCAUUUGUUAUCAAAUUCCUAUCCUAAGGAAUAUGUUAUUAUAAGCUGUUAUAACCUUGAAUGUUGAACCAAUGUAUUAAUUUAUAUUUUCUUAAAAUUCAAGUAAAAUGGACCACUACAUUUAUGAUGAUAUGAACUUAUUCAUCACCCAAGAAAAGUUCUAUAUAGAACCUAAGAUUGGGAAAGACUUGCUAAUUAUUGAUCGUGUGUCAGAAGCAACUGUGGUGGAGAAGAAAUCUAACCAAAUCCCAGCUGAUAAGUCACUUGUGGAGUUCUGUGGAUUCUUGGGUAGUGUGCAGCUGUUGGCUGGAAAAUAUUUAGUUUUGGCAACUGCACGUGAGUUUAUAGGAUUCAUUGAUGGUCAUCUGAUCUGGAAACUAGCAGGAACCAAACUUAUUCCUUAUGCUAAGAGCACAAUACACAUAAAUUCUGAACAACUAGAGGAUAAUGCUAAAUAUCUUAGUAUGAUCCAGAAUGUCCUGAACACACCAUCUUUUUACUUUAGCUACAGCUAUGAUAUUUCUCAUACUAUGCAGAGGUUGCAUAAGCUUGGGCCUGAGUCUGGUACUCAAUCUUUGCUAUCAAGAGCUGAUAUGAGGUUUGUUUGGAAUCAACAUUUUCUGAAAGGAUUUGCAAAUUCAGAUUUCAAAAAUUUUACUUUACCAAUCAUACAUGGAUUUGUGUCCAUUAAUCGCUGCGUCGUGAAUGGUCACAAUUUUACGUGGGCUAUUAUGUCUAGGAGGAGCGUUUUAAGGUCAGGCACGAGACUAUUCCGAAGAGGCAUCGACCGAGACGGAAAUGUUGCGAACUUUGUUGAAACUGAGCAGAUCGUCGAGUAUCAAGAUGUUAAUACUAGCUUUGUCCAAAUUAGAGGAUCCAUACCUUUAUUCUGGGUACAACCUCCAGAUUUAAGGUACAAGCCUCCUCCGAGGUUGUUGGAUAUUAAUAAAGCCGAUCAUCAAAUGGCUUGCACAAAGCAUAUAGAAGAUGUAAGUUCUCAAUAUGGUAGACAGGUGAUGAUCGAUCUGGUUGAUCAGAAGGGGGCUGAGGGUAAUUUGGAGAAAGCUUUUGCAGAUACAGUGAACAGUAUCGGAAAUGCAUCGGUUCGGUAUGAGCCUUUCGACUUCCACGCGGAAUGCAGAAAGAUGAGAUGGGAUAGGUUGUCUAUUUUGAUAGAUCGCGUGGCUCACGAUCAAGACGAAAUGGGAUUCUUUAUGGCUCUAAAGAAAGGGGCACUGGUAUCCUUACAAGCGGGUGUGUUCAGGACGAACUGCGUGGAUUGUUUGGAUCGAACCAACGUCGUCCAAAGCAUGUUAGCUAAGAGAGCUUUAACAGCGAUGCUGAAGUUAUUGGAUAUAUUAACUUUCGAACAAACUGUCGAGGAACAAACAGUUUUUGAAGCGCUGUUCAAGGGUGUAUGGGCCGAUAACGCUGAUUUCAUUAGUAUUCAAUACUCUGGGACUGGAGCCCUGAAAACGGAUUACACGAGGACCGGAAAGAGAACGCACAUGGGUUUGAUGCGCGAUGGAAUGAAUUCAUUGAUCCGUUACUACAAGAACAACUUCAUGGAUGGUUUUCGGCAAGAUUCCUUAGAUGUGUUUCACGGUUUAGCUGAUCUCCGUAGCCCGUUGCGCGCUGAAAGGGAUUGGAAGUACGCGACAUUCCCAUCUGUACUGUUAGUAGCUUUAGCUAUGUUCGUCACUUGCGCUAUUCUACCAUCGGAAUACACUACCGAACAAUUACUGUUCCUGUUAUUCUGGGGUUCUAUGGUUGCUGCAACCACUGCCACGAUUUACAGGUACGGCCCUGAAUUCGUAGACAAACCGCACCUUUUAAAUUCAUAAUGCUCACUUAACCGGAAACUUCAGUAAUUUGAUAAAUGGCAAGUAGAAUUAAUUCAAUUUAAUUGAAGUUCGUUCACACAAUAUUUCAGCAAUUUCCCCUCUAUUUUUUUAUUUGAUUUUAUUUCUUUCUCUGGUGAGUACUAGGAUUAUUUUUAAAACUUACAAAAACUUUUAUUUUGUAUCAUGUAAAUGGCAACAUUGUAUAUUAUUCAAUUUAUGUAUAAAUAAUAUGUAUCUUUUUUCUCUGUUAUACCUAAUAUAUUCCUUUUUGAACGCA